AUGGCGCGCAGGGCACAGCCCGUGCUGGGGGCGCUGUGUGCAGUCUGGGUGACGGUUGCGGCCAUCUCCGUGGAAACCCCGCAGGAAGUCCUCCGGGCUGCCCGAGGAAGGAGCGUCACCCUUCCUUGUACCUACCGCACUUCCAUCGCCGACAGAGAGGGGUUCAUCCAAUGGGACAAGCUUCUCAAGAGCCACACGGAAAGAGUGGUCCUCUCGAAGUUUUCGUCCCCAAGCUACAUCUACGGGGUCCGUUACCAGAACCGGGUCAACUUCUCGGGCGACACUGAGCACUCCGACGCCUCCAUCACCAUCAGCCAGCUUGUCAUGGACGACAACGGCACCUACGAGUGCUCGGUCUCGCUGCUGCAAGACCUGGAGGGCACCUCUAAGGGACGCGUCCGCCUCCUGGUCCUCGUGCCGCCCUCCAAACCAGACUGCGGCAUCCAGGGAGAGACCGUGAUCGGGCACGACAUCCAGCUGACCUGCCAGUCCAGGGAGGGCUCCCCGGCCCCGCAGUACAGCUGGAAGAGCUUCGAUCUCCUGAACCAGGAGCGGGGAGGCCCACCAGGCACCGGGCAGGUCUUGACUCUGAAGAACAUCUCCAUGGACACGUCAGGCUUCUACAUCUGCACCUCCAGCAACGAGGUGGGGACGGAGUUCUGCAACAUCACGGUGACCGUCAGGCCACCCUCCAUGAACGUGGCGCUGUACGCGGGCAUCGCCGGUGGCGUGGUGGCAGCCCUCAUCAUCAUCGGGGUCCUGAUCUACUGCUUCAGCUGCCGGGACAGGGGCAAGGACGGGCAGUCCAGCCGGAGUAAGUCCAGGUACGAGGGGCCCAAGGAGCAGCAGAGGGACAUUUUUCAAGGACGGCGAGAGGAGGACGGCUCCUGA